UUCCACAAUUAACCUCACUAAAAUAUUCAAAAUGAGCCAAAAUUUUAAAGUGUAAUUUUUCAAUUUGCCCUAUUUAUGAUGUAGUAUCACCCCAUAACGUCAUGUAACAUCUAUUUAGGUAAUAACAAUGAGUUUAAGAUGCCUGUGUAAAAAUAUUAGUGGGGCACACAUAAAGAUUAAUAACUUUUGGACAAAUAAAUAUUCAACUAUUAAAACUGCUGGUGUUUUGGUUAUAGGAGACGAAAUACUGAAAGGUGAAGUUCCAGACACAAAUUCAACCCUUAUUGCCCAAGAACUACAUAACUUUGGUUUAAAACUGAAGAAGAUUACAGUUGUAGCUGACGAUAUCAAUGAUAUAUCGGAAGAAGUUCGGUAUUUUUCUAAAAAGUAUGAUUAUGUCUUAACCACCGGGGGUAUUGGUCCUACCCACGACGAUGUUACUUACGAAGCUGUAGCAUUAGCUUUUGAUGUACCCCUUGUUUUGCAUUCGGAUUUAGAGAAAAUAUGUUCUAAAUUUUUUAAGACUGUAGAUCCAAUGUCUCCAGGAAUGAAACAAGCAUAUGUACCAGAACAAUCUGUCUUAAAUUAUGCCACAAUAUCUGGAGAUAAAUUGACUUUUCCAAAUGUUUCAGUUCACAAUGUGUUCAUGUUUCCAGGAAUACCAGAAUUCCUUAAGAAAAUAAUUACAGAAGCUGGACCAUUAUUGUUUCGCUCAGAUAAGAAAUUCUUUACUAAAUAUUUGUAUUGUAAUUUGCCUGAAUACAAAAUAGCUAAAGAAUUGGAGAUACUCGUUCAAGAGUUUCCAGAGGUUCAGUUUGGAUGUUAUCCUAAAAUAUGUCAUAGUGCAUAUCAAGUGAAGGUUACAAUAGAGUCCUGUUCUAAUGUGUCAACAACAAAAGCAUAUUUAAGACUGUUGCAGCUUUUACCAAAAGAAUAUAUUGUGAAUGAGAGUGAUAUAUGAAAGCAAAUGUAUAUAUCAAAAUAAUUUAAUAAUUCUAGUAAAUAUAUAAUUUCUAUUUAUUUAAA